AUGGCACCAUUUGAGGCAUUAUAUGGACAGAAGUGCAGAUCACCCAUUGGGUGGCUAAAGGUGGGAGAAAGGAAACUCUUAGGGCCAAAAUUAGUACAGGAUGCCAUCGAGAAAAUACGCGUGAUUCAUCAGAGGAUGUUAUCAGCACAAAGUAGACAAAAGUCAUAUGCUGAUAACAGGUGGAGAGACUUAGAGUUUCGAGUGGGGAUCAUGUAUUUUUUAAGGUCUCACCAACAAAAAAGGAAGUAUAACCCGGAUCCAUCUCAUAUAAUACGGUAUGAAACCAUUCAGUUGAGAGAUGACUUAACCUAUGAAGAGCAACCGAUGGCUAUCCUUGAUAGGCAAGUCAAAAAGCUCUAUUCAGAGGAUGUAGCCUCAGUGAAAGUGUUGUGGCAAAACCACACAAGUGAAGAGAUCAGGAGGCAAUUGAAACUUAGGUUAAGGUCUCCACGUAGAUUCUUCUCCUUGGGACCAUGGAUGGUGGGUGGUGACUUUAAUGCCAUUGUGAGCGUUGCUGAAAGGUUGAAUGGUGCCCCUCCUUAUGGUGGGUCAAUGGAAGACUUUGCUACUAUGUUACUUGAUUGUGGGUUACUUGAUGCGGGUUUUGAAGGGAAAAAUUUUACCUAG